GAGCUGCAGUAAGAGGCGGAGCUACACUGGAAAGAGGAGAGCUUCAACGUCACACUCCAGAAAUGAAAGUUAAGUUUGUCAGAGUGUCAGCCACGCUGCAGUCGAGACAAGUCUCUGUUUCUCUCUGAAAGAAAACUCAAACUGACUUCAUCAGGUCUUUCUCAACAACACAGCAGAGUCUCUGCCAAACACUGUGUGUAGAUAUGGCUGCGGCAAACUAUCUGCCAUCUGAAGAUCAGUUUCUGUGCUCCAUCUGUCUGGAUGUGUUCACUGAUCCUGUAGCCAUACCAUGUGGUCACAACUUCUGCAAGAACUGCAUCAAUGAACAAUGGAAUUUCAAUGAGCAGUACAUGUGUCCGAUGUGUAAAAAGGUUUUCAACACAAAACCUGAGCUGCAUGUCAACACUUUCAUCUCUGAGAUGGUUGCUCAGUUCAGACAGUCAGCUCAACAGAAAGCCAGCAGCAGCAGCUCAGAGCAACAAGUGUCCAAACCAGGAGAAGUUCCCUGUGACGUCUGCACUGGAACCAAACUGAAGGCCCUGAAGUCCUGCCUGGUGUGUCUGGUCUCCUACUGUGAGACUCACCUGGAGUCUCAUCUGACCAUGUCAGGUCUGAAAAGACAUCAGCUGAUCGACCCUGUGGAGAACCUGGAAGGCAGGAUGUGUACGAAGCACGAUAAACCUCUGGAGCUGUUCUGUAAGACCAACCAGACAUGUGUCUGCAUGGUCUGUACUGUUUUAGAUCACAAGAAGCAUGAUGUUGUUCCUCUGAAAGAAGAAUAUGAAGAAAAGAAGGUCAAGCUGGAGGCUGAAAUUCAGCAGAUGAUCCAGAAGAGACGACUGAAGAUUCAGGAGAUCAAACACUCAGUCGACCUCAGUGAGGAAGAUGCAGACAGAGAGCUAGCAGAAGGUGUUCAGUUCUUCACUUCUCUGAAGGAGUCUGUUGAGAGAGGCCUGAACGAGCUCACUGACACGAUCAAAGAGAAGCAGAAAACAACAGAAAAACAGGCUGAAGCUUUCAUCAAAGAGCUGAAACUGGAAAUUUCUGAGCUGAUGAAGAGAAGCACUGAGGUGGAGCAGCUCUCACGCUCUGAAGACCACCUCCAUCUUCUCCAGAGUGUCCAGUCCCUAAAAACCAACCAACCUUCACCCACCAAGGACUGGACAAAGGUCAGCGUCCGUCCAUCGUAUGCAGGAACUGUGGUGAGAGCUGUAGCUCAGCUGGAGGAGACGCUCAGUAAAGAGAUGAAGAAGCUGGGUGAGUCUGAGCUGAAGAGGGUCCAGCAGUAUGCAGUGGAUGUGACUCUUGAUCCUGAUACAGCACAUCCUAAUCUCAUCCUGUCUCAUGGUAGGAAACAAGUGUGUACUGGUAAGGUUAAGAAGAAUCUCCCAAACAACCCAGAGAGAUUUUCUCUCAUUCCCUGUGUUUUAGGAAAGCAGAGUUUCUCUUCUGGCAAAUAUUACUUUGAGGUUCAAGUUAAAGGAAAGACUGAAUGGGAUUUAGGAGUGGCCAGAGAGUCGGUCAACAGGAAGGAAAACAUCCCUCUGAACCCUGAGGAUGGUUACUGGACUAUAUGGAUGAUAAAUGGAAAUGAGUACGAAGCUCUUGCUGGCCAUCCUGUCCAUCUCUCUCUGAAGUCUCCUCCUCAGAAGGUGGGGGUGUUUGUGGAUUAUGAGGAGGGUCUGGUCUCCUUUUAUGACGUAGAUGCUGCAGCUUUUAUCUACUCCUUUACUGGCUGCUCCUUCACUGAGAAACUCUUCUUAUACCUUUGGCCUGGGAAUAAUGAAGAUGGUAAAAAUUCUGCACCUCUGAUCAUCUCUCCUGUCAGAGUAAACUAAUCACUCAUCUUAUUUCAUGUAUUGAUACAUUUCUAUUAACAAAUAACAAAUGUACAUUUAAUAGUUUACAUCUUAUUUGUUUACAGAAUCUGUUUCCUGUGGUGAUUGAUUUUUUACUAUAUGUAUCUGAUGACAGAGUCAACCCAUUCAUUUGAUGCAUCAUGACGCACGUUAUGUGGACGAUAUCUAUUUCCACCUCUGUUAAACCCACAGACAUUAAUUAUAACUUCCAGAAGAAAUCAGUUUCUAAAGACAACAAAUAUGUCAAGAUGAUGAAUCAUACUUUCUAACUGAUGUGCAGCCACGGAAAAUAUAUAGCUGAAUAUUUCAUUGCGUCAGGAAGCUUAAUUUAAGAGUAAGGCCUAUGUGGCCGUUUGGCUCGGUUGGUGGAGCAGGCCCACAUGUGUAGAGGCUUGUUCCUCGAUGCAGAAGGUCCAGGGUUCGAAUCCGACCUGUGGUGGUUUACCGCGUGUCUUCCCCCUUCUCUCAUCUCAGUUUUCCUAUCCCAAUAAAGGCCUAUUUAAAAAUCUUUAAAAAAAAAGUAAGGCAUAUCACAUCCUAUAGUGUCUACAGAACACAGUAUUUGUCGUUAUACCGGCUAUAAAAACUACUUCUCAGUUUUGUUUGGUUUUGUGAGUCCUGAUAAGAUGGUUUAUGAGUCAAAGAAAUCUGUAAAUAAUAAUAAAUAAAAAAUGUAUUGUUUAUAAUGGCAGCUGAGGGAUACAGCGUUCCUAGUCAAUACUAGACCAAUGAAAUUACCCUUUUAAUGUUCACAGGCAGCCACAGUCUAACGUCAUCGUGACUCCUAACUCUUUACCAGGAGAACCAGCUGAUACGCUACUGGUUACUAAUGCCCGUGAAAAAUAAUGUGUGUAUCUGCCUUGUGAUUUGAAUCCGCUCCAAAAUGUAUUGGGUUCUUCUUUGGCCCAUGCUACACCAUUCCAAGUUUCAUUAUAUUAUUAUAUUAUAUUGAUGUGGGAUUUGUGAUCGGUCUUGUUGUUUUGUUAGAAGUCAUGUUUUUACUGUUGGAUUUAAACUGUGCCCUGCCUUGGGACUGCAGAUGUAAAUUAGCCUAAGGCUAACUCUGGUACAAUGCAUCAUAUGGCAACAUUAUGUUAAAAAUUGUACAUGGUCCCUAACAAAUAAAAUGAAUACAAAUAAAA